AAAUUAAUUUGCAGGUAGGAAAUCGACCGUAAGAGAUCGCUGGUUUCUAUGUAGCAAGGUAAAAGCGCAUCACACACAUUCGGAUCGACGUGAACGGGAAUACGUAAGAAAACCUCGUUCAUUGAGCAACGAUUCGAGUAGAUUCGCGCGUAAUCGUUCUCCGUGCUACGCAAGAAAUCGAUUAUAUUCUUACGGAGUAGUUGCCGCGUGAUCGCACUUAAGUAGUUGCUGACACCAUUUCUAUGUACUAUUACGAGAUAUCACUAAAAAACACCACCAUCUAGUAAACACUUUCUCAAUCGCUAAAUUUAUUCUAUCUAGAACGUUCAACCUCUCGAAAAUGUCCAAUAGAAGUUCCACAUUAACACUUUACAGGAAACUUCUCUUUUUUUCCAUAUCCAGAAAACAUUGUUCAUGUCAUGUAACUUCCAACUAUUUUAUAUCAUUCGAUAAAACUUCAAAUGCCUCGAAUAUAAAGAAACUUUACUCACAGAACCUCCCUCGAAUCCGGAGAACAUUUUCUAUCUACAUUUCACAUGUCAUGCAAUUUCCACGAGCAACUUCAAUUUUCACGUUUCCAUCCUUUUUCAAUUCGAAGAAACUCUACAGAUCUUGGGGAAGUCUGCCUCAAAAUUUAAAGACCGGCCUUCACCCACGUGUCACAUCUUACGUAAGUUGCACAAUUAAUAAAACUUCGACGUUUACACUUCAAAAAAUCCUUCCGCGUUUUACAAAUCCGACUAAACUCCGCGAAGACAUUUCACAAACUGUUGGUUCGUUCAAAAGUCAGUGCUCGAGUUGUACGUUUUCUGCUCGGUCCAUUGACCACCCCCGGAACUGGAUGUCCGCCGCAAGCGUUAACCCCAUCGCGACCGAACUUUCGAUUUACUUGGACGUUCGACAUUCGAAAGGAACUUUCUACGCGGAAAGCACUACCAAUCGUUGGUGCUGAAGCAUACAGGGCUACGAAACCGUGACGAUGACCUUGCGGAGGACGCGACUCGACACGGAAGAAAAAUAGGACGACGCCACGCACCGGUCUUGGUGGCGUACUAAAUGUCGCAAUCGGUCGGACGCCGUUCGUUUGAACGCGACGACGAGGAAGGGGCCGAACACUUUCUCUCGACGAUCGACUCGAACCAGCGGCAGCAGGCCUACGGUCGCCCGGAGGAACACUCGACCACGAGUUUUUACCAAAGGAACAGCUAGACUAACGUCACGUUUUCUACCGGCGAUCCUCUACAUCACAACUGUCACGUAGAACAGAUAGCGUUCUAAGAUGCAAAUGACAAAUGCGUGUUUGAUCCUGGGAUGUUGCUUCCUUGCGGUGACGUUGGUGAACGCGGCACCGGGUCCAGAGGAACCUGCCUUCCACCUUCCGGUGCAGUUGAUCGGCUUCCCCGUGAUUACAGCCGCUGUGAGGAUCACUAAUUUCGUGAAGAAACUUGCGUACUCGUUGAACCCAGAGACUUACGUCAACCGAGUAAGACGAGAUCUGCCUCUGGUACACGACGAAGAAAUUCUAGAUGUUAGCCAAGUGGAGAAGAAGUUGAUAUCGGAGUUGGGCAGUAACGUUUGCGUUUACGAGAGAAUCUGCGCCAAGUACGCGGCCGAAACUCUGCAGAAACGAAGUCGGCAACGAGCUUUGGACUGGGAUGUCGUUUUCAGCGAGUACAAAUCAUCGCCGAACCCGAUGAAGGAGAAUUAUUUAUUGAGCGUGUUCCUGGGCGACAUCAUAGGAAGCCCGCGACUCUGUCAUCAGCUGGCGAAACGAGGGAGAGGCUGCGACGAGGCCACGCUCUCGGAUUAACUGUAAACCGUACCAUUUAC